ACAGACGCAGUUCUUGAGCUGAAGAAGUUCCAAGACGUGGCCAACGUCAGCACCUUCCUCCUAGACCGCUCAACGAGCACGCUGUUGCUGGGGGCCAGGGACGCCAUUCUGGCUGUGGACACCGAGCGCCUGGACCAAGAACCAAAAGUGAUCAUUUGGGAUGUGCCGGAGGCGAAGAGACGGGCUUGUGUGGCGAAGAGAAAGACGAAGGUGGACUGUAACAACUACGUGCGUUUGCUGGAGUUUCUGGGUGACGGACGCGUCUACGUGUGUGGCACCUACGCCUUCGACCCCCAGUGCGCCUUCCUGGAGCUCUCCUCCUUCACUCUGGAGACAACCGAGGGUGAAGGAGUGAAGAUGGAGACGGGGAAGGGCAAGUGUCCGUUUGAGCCCAGUCAGCAUUACACAGCGGUUAUGGCAGCUGGAACCCUUUACACAGCAGCCGCAAGUAACUUCCUGGGAACGCUGUUCGACAUCUCCCGGGGGACGGGCGCUGAGCAGGAGCGCAUCCGAACUGAGCGAUCCAUUAACUGGCUGAGUGACCCGGAGUUUGUGAGCUCAGCCUUCAUACAGCAGUCUGCUUCCAGCAACCCGACAGGAGACGAUGACAAAAUCUACUUCUUCUUCACCGAGGUGGCCAAGGAGUAUGACCUCUACACCAAAGUCAAAGUGCCCAGGGUGGCACGGGUCUGCAAGUCCGACGUGGGAGGGAUGAAGACUCUGCAGCGACGUUGGACCACCUUCCUCAAGGCCCAGCUGGUGUGUGAGGACAAACCGAGCGGUCAGCGCUACAACAUCCUCACCGAUGUUUUCACCACGGAACACACACCGGGGGAUCCCAGCAGCACACACUUCUACGGGCUGUUCACCUCCCAGUGGGAGCGUGACGAGUUGUCAGCAGUGUGUGUUUUCAGUCUGUCUGACAUCAGCAAAGUGAUGGACGGCCCCUUUAAAGAGCUGAAGAAGACCUCUGACUGGACUCACCCUGAACCUGUCCCCACGCCGAGGCCCGGCCAGUGUUUGAACAAAGCUUUGAAGGACGAGGGGUUCGAUUCGUCCCUCAAACUUCCCGACAAGGUGUUGACGUUUGUGAGGGACCACCCGCUAAUGGAUAACAGUGUGACUGCGGCGCCGCUGCUGGUGCGGAAGGGAAUCCGGUACACCAAGCUGGCUGUCACUCAGACGGGCAGCGGGGACGAGCGGAGGGGAGCAGUGCUGCACCUCGGAACGGAUCGCGGGGAGCUCCACCAAGUGGCGGUCGUUGGCGAGAACGCCACAUUUCUGCAGGAGCUCUCUCUGUUCACCUCACAGGAGCCUGUCAACAAUAUAUUGCUGCACCGGGGCCGGGCUCUGGUGGGCAGCCCUCUGUCUCUGGCUCGUGUCCAGGCUGAAGGCUGCGCUCUCUAUUCCAGCUGUGCGGUGUGCGCCAGAGCCAGAGGACUUGGUUGUGUGUGGAGCACUGGGGAAGACGCCUGCAGGCGCACAACAGCAGAGCCUGGUCCAGGAGAUAUUGUAGACAACGCCUUGAGGAAGUGUGAUGUAGCAGAAGGGCGUUGCAACCCGUCCAUGAGGGAGCUGCGCGUUUCCGUGGGUCUGCCCCUGCUGCUGCCGUGCGUCCAGCUGUCUCCCCGGUCCUGCAGCUGGGAGCACCCCCCCCACCGACACACCAGGCAGCACCACUCUGACCUGCAGGUGACCGUCACGGAGGACAGCCUUGGAGAAUACAUCUGCACAUGCCAGGAGGCGGGACCAGGCAGCAGAGACCCCACCCCCUGCCGCAGAGCAGCCUAUCAGUUGACACUGGAAGGCCCGAUUGCUGGAGGAACCGUGGCGGAAGCAGGAGGUCGUCACAUCGUGGCCAGCUACAUCUUUAUGUUCUUAAUGGGUUUAGUGCUUGGUGCAUUUCUCCUCCACUUUGUGAUGCGACGCUGCAGCGUUGCCCGCCAGGGUCACCACCUGCCAGAUAAUUCGCUGUCGUCAGAUAAAGGGCGGGACUUGCUGGGCUCCUCGGCCACGGCGCAGUCUCCUAGCAGUGCCAGCCUGCUGUCCGAUGGAUUCAGAUUGACGGAAAAACGCAACGGAACGGCGACCACAAACACGACAACAACGCUUUUCAGCAACCAGGGCAAUGGCAGUCCCCAUGGCAACAGCUUCGGUGGCGCCCUGAUCCACAGCAACCCCGGCAAUGGCCAUGGGAAUUCUCUGUAUGCCAACUGCAACACAAAUAGCGGCGAUUUGCAGUUUGUGGCGAACUUGCUGGAUGGAAGGACGGGGGAGAGGCCCGAGGUGAUCGAGAGGAAGUUUGGGGAGCGGGAUGAGGUAGAUGAGGGUUUAGGGGAUGUAAUAAAAGGACCGGAGGAGGAGUUGGCACGCUUUCCCAAUUUUAAAUUACCAGCACCGCUGGCUCUGUGUGAAGAAAGUUCGAUAUGAAAAGAUUCAAUUGAUUGCACCAUUUUGCAUCCUCCAAAUACGGAAAAAAUCCCGGAGGAAUACAAAAUGUCUACUGUCAAAUACCUUUGACUGUGAGCUGAGGCAUGAAGAGAAACUACAGAGAUAUAUGAGAAGUAUAUGAGCAUUUUGAGAGAGCAACAGUGUUGUGAGACAUUCCGGAUGAGUGCCACGGCUAAAUAAAUGUUUCCGAUGUAACAUACAAUGUAAAUAUGAGCUGUCUGAUGUCUGAACUUGACACGGAUCUGAAUGUCACUCAAUUUAAAUAUUGAAAAAAAAUUGCUGAUGAAAUGUCUACAUGUGAAGAAAAGCCAUAUUGUUGUUCGCUUCAGUUUGUCUCUGCAUUCAUGUUCCUCUCUGUGUGAAAUGCCACUCAAAGCUCACGCCCCAUCAGGUCCAAAGGCACAGAGGUACUGCUCAGACAUAGACGGUCGGACUGUAAGGACCCCGGGGCUUCGAACUGGGAGGCGUCCCUCUCAGAGACAAAAGACCCAUACAGGGAGCCCCUCGGUUGGGCUACAGUGACCGUGGACGGGAUGUCCCCGUCUACACUGCCGCAGAGGUCCAGAGGGUGACGAGGCUCCAGAGCAACUAUCAGAUCUGUGUCGUUGUGAGAAGAUGCACAGCAGAUGCAAGAGACAGCUGCCCAAAUAUGUCACUGUUCACCCUCACAGUUACCGAGAAAGGAGGCUGUUAUUUUCAGAAUAUGUAAAAUGAAUUUCAAUGGAAUGGACCUUGCCAGACACAAAGUGAGCAUCCCCUCGUUUUUGUGAGUUUCAAACUUAAAUAAUGUAUUGUUUUUGUCAUGUUGUUUUUGUAAUAAAUCAUAAAACAGUUGCAGUUA